AUGGAGGCGCGCGGGGAGCUGGGCCCGGCUCGGGAGUCUGCGGGCCGCGACCUGCUGCUGGCGCUGCUGGCGCGGAGGGCGGACCUGCGCCGAGAGGUCCCGCUGUGCGCGGGCUGUGACCAGCACAUCCUGGACCGCUUCAUCCUCAAGGCCCUGGACCGCCACUGGCACAGCAAGUGCCUCAAGUGCAGCGACUGCCACACGCCGCUGGCCGAGCGCUGCUUCAGCCGCGGGGAGAGCCUGUACUGCAAGGACGACUUCUUCAAGCGCUUCGGGACCAAGUGCGCCUCGUGCCAGCUGGGCAUCCCACCCACGCAGGUGGUGCGCCGCGCCCAGGACUUCGUGUACCACCUGCACUGCUUCGCCUGCGUGGUCUGCAAGCGGCAGCUGGCCACGGGGGACGAGUUCUACCUCAUGGAGGACAGCCGGCUCGUGUGCAAGGCAGACUACGAGACGGCCAAGCAGCGAGAGGCCGAGGCCACGGCCAAGCGGCCGCGCACGACCAUCACGGCCAAGCAGCUGGAGACGCUGAAGAGCGCCUACAACACCUCGCCCAAGCCGGCCCGCCACGUGCGGGAGCAGCUCUCCUCCGAGACGGGCCUGGACAUGCGGGUCGUGCAGGUCUGGUUCCAGAACCGCCGGGCCAAGGAGAAGCGGCUGAAGAAGGACGCGGGCCGGCAGCGCUGGGGACAGUAUUUCCGCAACAUGAAACGCUCCCGCGGCAGCUCCAAGUCGGACAAGGACAGCGUCCAGGAGGGCCAGGACAGCGAUGCAGAGGUGUCCUUCACUGAUGAGCCCACCAUGGCUGAAAUGGGCCCCGCCAACGGCCUCUACGGCGGCCUGGGGGAGCCCACCCCAGCCUUGGGCCGGCCCUCGGGAGCCCUGGGCAGCUUCUCCCUGGAGCACGGCGGCCUGGCUGGCCCCGAGCAGUACCGAGAGCUGCGCCCCGGCAGCCCCUACGGCGUCCCCCCGUCCCCCGCCGCCCCGCAGAGCCUGCCUGGCCCCCAGCCCCUGCUGUCCAGCCUGGUGUACCCCGAGGCCAGCUUGGGCCUCGUGCCCUCGGGGGCCGCAGGCGGGCCCCCGCCCAUGAGGGUGCUGGCGGGGAACGGACCCAGCUCCGACCUGUCCACGGGGAGCAGCGGGGGCUACCCCGACUUCCCCGCCAGCCCGGCCUCCUGGCUGGACGAGGUGGACCACGCGCAGUUCUGA